UGUAAGCGUAAGUGAGUGAGUGAGUGAUUGAGCGCAUGCAGUGUUUGGCAGUGUUUUUGCAGUCAAUGUGUUGUCUAAACACAUCGUUUCGGUGUUCAGUAUGUAAGUCCUGACUCUUAUACUGUAUAUAUAUCCUAAACUAUACAUUCAUUGGGAAUGUCGUCAACAAUAAGCCUAACCUAACCUUAAAGUCCUAACAAUUUGUUUYUUCUGUGUGAUCGGUAUUAUUGUCGAUCGGAUCUAUCAGUGGCCGUAAAACUGACAUAUCGUUWGCCGAAAAAAUAGAUAAUAAAAAGUUUUUUUUGUCAACCCUUUGAUUUWGUCCGACACUCGGGAACUGUCUUAUACGAUUAGGUGUCUGUGCUAUCCAUACAUAUCAUUACCGGCUCUGGUGUUUGGGAUACUAGUGUUGAACGGAUAGCCAGUUCCCCAAUUGGAUGGGCAUAUAAACACAGUGUGGUAUUUGUGUGCACUUUAAUUGUUGCCAAACAUCACUCUCUCACUCAUCGCACACAGUAAUCACGGGCACUGUUAUGUCAUAUAUGAAUGAUAGGAAAGAGAGAGAGAGAGAGAGAGUCACCCAUAAGUCCCGCCUCAUUGUGUACACCAUUGCUAUACUAACUCUAUGAGAGAGAGAAAGAGAGAGAGAGAGCCAUACAUACAUAGAAAACAACACAACACUCAACACUAAUACACAUAUAAUAUAUACAAUCAAAUACUGUAUUGCCUUUUAUUGUGUGCUUAUGUAUGCCUAUCGAGUGCUGCAAAAAAUGACAACAAAAAUGUUCAACAAUUUUGCCUAACAUUGUAUGUGUUGUCCUCAACAGUGUAUGUGUUUUUGGGUGUUAUAAAUGUAUGGCCAUCACUGACCCCCACAAACACAACUGUUUGUUCAAUUGAAAGUCUACGGGAAUAACAAGUGAAACAAUUUAAACGGAUAUACCGGACACUAACUACCUAUMCAUGAGCUGGAAGUGAUGAUUACACGACUACUGCCGAUAUCAACAACAACAACGACGACAGCACCGGUCGAUGAGGAGGACAGCCAUUGUUGUUGUUGUGCUGAUGGCUGCCAUCGUUGGUGUUGUUGUUGAUGAGAUACCUGUGCUGUUGUUGUUGUGAUAUAUAAUUUGUUUGUAAUUUAUUUAAUAAUAAUAAUAAUAUAUGAUAUUAUUAUCCAAUUAUUUUUUGGAGAUCAGCAGCACUACUACCAGUGGUGUACAGCACAGGGAUUGUAUGAAAUUUGUUUUUUUAUUUAGUAAACCACUGUCUUUGGUGGUGAUGUGUAUCAACUGAAAUACUCUGAUAAUAAUAGGCAACAAAUAAAACAGUGAUUAUCUCUAAUCAUAAUAACAGAUAACCUAAUAAUAUCAUUAAUAAUAAUAAUAAUAAUAAUAAUUAUAAAGUUUUUAAAAAUUUGUCUCAAAGAAAGUGGACGUAAAGAUAAAGUAGUUAUUGAUGUUGUCGUCAGUAAUAUACUCCUCGCAAGUCAUGGAUAAUAUACCGCAAUGUCCGCCGUCAUUAGACCCGAGAAAACAGGAACUACUGGAGGCCAGGUUUAAGGGCGCUCAACGGGUCAUAUUUGGCCAUUCAGUUCCCGUAAUACAGUCCAACUCGAAUUCGUUGACGAAUCCGAUGUUGGCCUCGCCUCAGGUUCUCGGCAACAACUCGGGCGGCAGUCAAUCGUCAUCGGGACACACGCCCAGCCAUAACUGCGACAGUAAUCUAUCGACGGCGUCGGUCGGCAGUCAUAACAGCGACAAAGACAACAACGCGUUGAGCGGUGGGGCCACUGGUGGYGACAGUACGCCUGAAAAGUGUCGUCCGUCGUCCAAUCAGUCAUCUACUGGCACACCGAACAGUGGCCAACAGUCCCAACAUAUUGAGCGUAAACGCCGAAAAAAGGCCAACGAAGUGGCGACCGAACAACAGGCCAACGCAUCAAAGCAAAUGCGUGUCAAUGAAGGAAAUAAGAAAAUUAAUGAAUAUUUUAAGCACUCAAGUCCUAGUCGUUACGGUGGAUCCAAAAGUCCGACCGGAACUCAUAAUUUUUAUAUGUAUCCGCCGUCGUCACCGAGCGGUAAUCAUCAACCGCCGCCCGGCCUCAGCACACUCGGUUCGCCCACAACAGGUGUACCGAUUGCAGUGGCCAGUGGUGAUUUAUCAUCGAUGAUGGCACCACCAGUUCCCCAGCAACGUCAGCCAGUCGGCAAUUCCACGAAAAUCACGCAGCAAAGCUGCCAACCUGCUGUCCUCUCGGCCGGCAACUUGUAUUCCCAAUCGUACGCCACGACAACCGCUGGAGGCGUACGCGACAAUAACCAGACAACGUCGCAGACGUCACUGCCAUUGCUACGCGAACCGGUACAGGUGUGCUCCAGAGCGGUACAAACGGACUUAUCGAUCAAGUCGUUGCGCGAUCUCGAGGCCAAAUCGGCGCACGACUUGGAAACACGCGACACGAAGAUCGAAGAACUUCAUCGUUCCAGUGAUGAACUCAAACGGCAACUCCAGGCCCAACAAAAACUCAUUGACAAACAAAAAGAACAGCUAAAGAAAUGUAUCGAAGUUACCAAAGAGUUACUAAAAGAGAAGUCGGCGAUGGAGAAGAAAGCCGCCCGACAAAAGUGUAUGCAAAAUAGGUUACGAUUGGGACAGUUUGUCACACAACGACAGGGUGCCUCAUUUGUCGAGAACUGGGUUGACGGUCACGCCUUUACCGAACUUACCCGACGCCAAGAGCAGACCGCUGCAGCGCGAGAAGAGAUUGAACGCCAAAGAAAAUUGUUGGGCAAAAAGCGGCCGUCGCUGACGAUCAACAAGUCCAAGACGGGUAACGGCUCGUCGACAUCACUGGUCUCGGCCAUGACCUUGCCCAGUACGGGCGGCUCCAAUAGCAGUUCCUCGUCCCUGUCAAACGGGGACUUUCUUAAACCUGAAUCUCCUAAGGAUUCGGGUAUGAAUUGGUAUGAGUACUACGAACAGGACGAGAUACUGAAGCUCCGGUCACAGGCGCUCAAGAAAGAGGACGCAGAUCUCCAGCUCGAGAUUGAAAAACUCGAACGCGAAAGGAAUUUACACAUUAGGGAACUUAAACGCAUCCAUAAUGAAGAUCAGUCCCGAUUCAACAAUCAUCGGGUACUCAACGAAAGAUAUUUAUUAUUAAUAUUACUGGGGAAAGGUGGUUUCAGCGAAGUACACAAAGCGUUUGACCUGAAAGAUCAACGUUACGUCGCUUGUAAGAUACAUCAGCUCAAUAAGGACUGGAAAGACGACAAAAAGGCCAACUACAUAAAGCACGCGCUUCGAGAGUACAACAUUCACAAACAGUUAGACCACCCGCGGGUCGUUCGCUUAUUCGAUGUUUUCGAGAUCGACGCCAACUCAUUCUGUACGGUACUCGAGUAUUGUGAUGGACACGACCUGGACUUCUAUCUCAAACAACACAAGUCGAUACCUGAACGGGAGGCCAGAAGUCUCAUCAUGCAAGUGGUUCACGCACUCAAAUAUCUCAAUGAAAUUAAACCACCAAUCAUUCACUAUGACCUCAAGCCGGGUAAUAUCUUAUUGGGUUCGGGUACAGUUUCCGGUGAGAUAAAAAUUACCGAUUUCGGAUUAAGUAAGAUAAUGGACGAUGAAAAUUACUCGCCCGAUCACGGUAUGGACCUAACAUCACAGGGUGCCGGUACUUACUGGUACUUACCUCCCGAGUGUUUUGUGGUCGGCAAAAAUCCACCGAAAAUAUCAUCGAAAGUAGACGUUUGGAGUGUAGGUGUAAUUUUUUAUCAGUGUCUUUAUGGCAAAAAGCCCUUUGGACACAAUCAAUCGCAAGCGACGAUCUUAGAAGAGAAUACUAUAUUAAAAGCCACAGAAGUCGAGUUCGCCGCCAAACCAACGGUCAGUCCCGAAGCGAAAGCAUUUAUUAGGAAAUGUCUUCAAUAUCGCAAAGAGGAUCGCUUUGAUGUGAUAGCAAUGGCCAACGAUGAGUAUCUGAAGCCAAACACCAAAAGCGGUAGAGGAAUAGCCAACGCAUCAGAUAAAGGGUUAUGAGAGGACACACUUUUAUUAAACCACUUUAUCGACGUUUUUUCACUUAACUCCUAAUCAUCUCAUCAAAUAAAUCAUAAACUCUUACCGUAAUUGAAAUGACAAUAUUUGCGAGUCAUAGCGCCUCCCAACUGUUGACAGUGCGUCUGCUAUCUGUGUUAACACACCAUCCACCUCCCGAUUCUCUACUCAUCUACCAGUCCUUCAACACAACAACAACAACAAAAGAAAAAUUAGGAAUUUAAACAUAAUUACAAAUAUGAAAAGUGAUAUUUAUAUUAUUAUAUUUAUGUGUUUGUUUAACAAACAUUUUCAAAUAACAAUUUCAACAAACAAAUAAAACUAAAAAAGAUAAUUUAUAACUUAAUUGCUGACAAUAUCAUUGUAUAAUAWAAAAACAAAGCAAACUAUUUAUGGGGCAAACAAACAGUGAUUAUAUAUAUUAUUGUUUUAAAUAAUAAUCUUAAUUAUAUUGAUAUUGUCUGUGGUUUGUUUGUGGCCCCUAUUAACUGCUUAAACAAAUGGACAAAUCGAUUGGCCUCACUGUCCGUAUCACAUAUGGAAUACGAUUUAGAUAAACAAACAAAAAACUGUUUUAAUUAUUAAUUAUAUAUA